CUCGAAGAGCUCAUCGCCCUCAAUCGGGAAGCUCUGAGCUUACUCCCUGAUGGACAUGAUAAACGCUACAACGUGCUUCGUCAUCUCGGUUGGGAUUUCUUCCGCUAUUACCGCUGUACACAACAAGUCACCGAUCUGGACGAAGCUAUCGCGAAUUUCCGGGCGUCGGUUGCCCUCACUCCUGCUCCUCACCCCGAUCGAGCCGGAAGCCUGCGAGAUUUGGCCAUGGCGCUGGAGAAACGCUCUUCG